UCCCCUGUGUGUGUGUAUGUGUGUGUGUGUGUCUCUGUGUGUGUGUGUUCCCUUUUUUCUGCACGGACAGUGUGAACUUUUCCCAGCUGCUCUGACUGCCUGUCAUGCGGCUCCCCGCAGACAUGUCCGUGUGGCUCACCGCGGCGGUCGGCCUGGCCGUCCUGGCCUACGCCUACAUCAGGACCUUCAGUCCGUACUUCUUCGAUGACUGCGCCUCCAUCCUGAGGAGCCUCACGCUGGGCUACAGGCUGAUCAAGUAUAAGACGUGCAAACCCUUCUACAGCAUCCUGGACUGCUUCUUGGACGCAGUGAGGAGACACCCCUCCAAGGUCUUCAUCCACUUCGAGGGGCGCGCGUAUUCCUACGGAGAGGUGGACCGGCAGAGCAACAAGGUGGCCAGGGCUCUGCAGGUUGAAGCGCGGCUGAGGGAGGGCGACUCCGUGGCCCUGUUUCUGCCGAACGAGCCCAGCUUCGUGUGGACCUGGCUGGGCUUGGCCAAGCUUGGCUGCCCGGCUGCUCUGCUGAACUUCAACAUCAGGUCCAAGUCCCUGCUGCACUGCUUCUCCUGCUGCGGGGCCAAGGUGCUCGUUGCCUCUCCAGAGCUGCUGGAUGCCGUGGAGGAGGUGCUGCCGACGCUGCGGGAGCAGGGAAUCCGAGUGUUCCUCCUGUCUGGCAGCUGCAGCCUGGAGGGCGUCACCCCAUUGGCUGACAAGAUCGCCGAGGCCUCAGACAAGCCGCUGUCCCCGGAGCUGCGGGCCAACAUCCACAUCCGGAGCACCGCCCUCUACAUCUACACGUCCGGCACCACGGGUUUACCCAAAGCAGCUGUUGUCACCCAUGAGAGGGUAUGGGCGGCCUCCUUCGUCCAGGCAGCGUGCGGAACCACAGCGGCGGACAUCUUCUACAUCAACCUGCCUCUGUAUCACAGCGCCGGCUUCCUCAUCGGGAUGGCCGGAGGCAUCGAGAGAGGUCUCACCCUCGUCCUGAAGAGAAAGUUUUCGGCCUCCCAGUUCUGGGACGACUGCAGGAAGCACAACGUGACGGUGAUGCAGUACAUCGGCGAGACGCUGCGUUAUCUCUGCAACACGCCAAAGAAAGAGAACGAGAAGAACCACAAAGUUCGAAUCGCCAUCGGGAACGGAGUGCGAAGUGACGUUUGGACCGAGUUCCUGAAUCGAUUUGGGGACAUUAAGGUCAGAGAGUUGUACGCCGCCACCGAGGGCAACAUCGGCUUCAUCAAUUACACGUCCAAGAUCGGUGCCGUGGGACGGAUUAAUUUUGUGCACAGGUUUUUCUUUCCUUACACGUUGAUCAAGUUCGACAUUGAGAAGGAGGAGCCGAUCAGAAACUCAGAGGGCCUGUGCAUUGAAGCAGACAUCGGAGAAACUGGGCUCUUAGUCGGGAAGAUAACUCACAGGUCUCCCUUUGUGGGCUACGCCGGCAACAAGCAGCAGACCGAGAAGAAGAGGCUCUACGACGUCCUGAAAAAGGGCGAUCAGUACUUCAACACCGGCGACCUGCUCCGCUUCGACCACGACAACUUUGUGUAUUUCCAGGACCGAGUCGGAGACACGUUCAGGUGGAAAGGUGAAAAUGUCGCCACGUCGGAGGUUGCAGACAUCCUCACUGCGUCUCACUGCAUCUCAGAAGCAAACGUUUAUGGUGUUAAGGUGGAAGGUCACGAGGGGCGGAUCGGCAUGGCGGCCAUCACUCUGACCGAAGGAGAAGCCUUCGACUCGGCGGACGUCUACAAGCAGGUCGUCUCCUACCUGCCGGCCUACGCGAGACCCCGAUUCCUCAGGAUUCAGCCGUCCAUGGAGAUGACGGGGACGUUCAAGAUGAAGAAGGUGAAGCUGGUGGAGGAGGGAUUCAGCCCCGCUCUCAUCGAGGACCCGUUAUACUUCCUGGAUCCAGAACAAAAGACCUACGUCCCUCUGACAGAAGAGAUCUACAGCGCGAUCGCUUCGGGGAAAAUCAAACUCUAACAGAAAUGUCACUGUGAAGUGAAGGUUUAGUUGUUGUUUAGUUUUUUAAUUGAAGACAUAACUUCUCAUCCGUGGACCGUAACAAUCAACUAAUCUCAGGGAUAAACUUUGACACAGCACUUCUUGUUUAAAGAGACUAUUUUUUUAUUAACAUGCUUACUGUGCACCUCUACAGAUUGUUUUAAUUUAUCACCCUUGACAGUGUUUGAAUCGGUUUUUAAAUAAAUCCUUAUAAUAAAACCUAUUGGCAUCUG